AUGGCUUGGAGAGGCUGCUACAGGCUGGAGCUCCAGCUGCGAAGGUGCCUUGGGCGCAAACAGGCAUGGGGGCGCCGAGGGAUUGCCUCCUGCAUUGAUCCUUCGGUGGGUUUGACAGAGGAGCAGAAAGAAUUCCAAAGAGUUGCCUUUGAUUUUGCUGCCAAGGAGUUGGCCCCUCAUAUGGCCGAAUGGGAUGAAAAGGAAAUAUUCCCGGUGGAAACUUUGAGGAAAGCAUCCCGGCUAGGGUUUGGUGGGAUCUAUGUGCGGCCAGAUGUGGGGGGCUCGGGAUUGUCCCGGCUGGAUACCUCCAUCAUCUUCGAGGCCCUGUCAACAGGAUGUGUCAGCACCACAGCCUAUAUCAGUAUCCACAACAUGUGCGCCUGGAUGAUUGACACCUUUGGGAACGAAGAACAGAGGCACAAGUUUUGCCCCUCACUUUGCAACAUGGAGAAGCUUGCUUCUUACUGCCUGACCGAGCCAGGUGAGACAGAUGGGACCACACAUGGCAGCUUCCUUCCCUCCCAGGUUUGCUGUUGGUUGCGGAGGGGGGAUUCCUGAAUGGUAACUUUCUCUCAAUUCUCCGACUAGGCUUUCAUCAGUGGCGGGGGCGAUACAGAUGUGUACGUGGUCAUGUGCCGUACAGGAGGGCCCGGUGCCAAAGGCAUCUCCUGUUUGGUGCUGGAGAAAGGAAUCCCCGGGCUGAGUUUUGGAAAGAAGGAGAGGAAGGUGGGCUGGAACUCCCAGCCGACCCGGGCCGUGAUAUUUGAGGACUGUGCCGUUCCGGUGGCCAACCGACUGGGAGAGGAAGGGCAGGGCUUCAACAUUGCCAUGCGGGGGCUGAACGGAGGGAGGGUUAACAUUGCUUCGUGUUCGUUGGGCGCUGCCCAUGCCUGCGUCCUCCUGGCUCGGGAUCACCUCAAUGUCCGCAAGCAAUUUGGGGAAGUGCUAGCAAGCAGUCAGUACCUCCAGUUCCGGCUGGCUGAGAUGGCGACGCAGCUGGUGGCAGCACGGCUGAUGGUGCGGAACGCGGCUCGGGCCCUGCAGGAGAACCGGGAGGACGCCGUGGCUCUGUGCUCCAUGGCCAAGCUCUUUGCCACGGACGAGUGCUUUGCGAUCUGCAACCAAGCCCUGCAGAUGCACGGUGGCUACGGGUACCUGAAGGACUACGCCGUGCAGCAGUUUGUGCGAGACAUCCGAGUGCACCAGAUUUUGGAAGGUACCAACGAGGUGAUGAGAAUGAUUGUGGCCCGAAGUCUGUUACAGGCAUAGAACUGAGAGCUGGUCUCUUCAUUCUGUCCACACUCCAACAACUACGGAGCUGUCUGUUGCUUUGGCAGCUGUUGCUUGAAACGCACACUAUUUCUGUACCAAGCAGUGCCACGCUGCGUUGCAGCAAUUGCAGGGGGGGGAGAGACAAGCGCCCCCUAGAUAUAAAUGGAACCUUUUGUCCUUGAAGUCCCAACUCUGAGCCAUCUGCUGAUAUUCUUUGGAAAGGAACAUCACUGCUUAGAAUCGGCCAGCCUGUAUCCUUGUUGGUACUGUCGUCUCGGUUUCCUGGCCUGUUAAUGGGCAUGAACACCAGGGCAAACCCCUAUGGAUUCUGUGCAGGAUGGAAGGCAAGAAUAUCUUCCUGUUCAAUUCACAUUUCCCAGAGAUGGCAAUUUCCCCCACCAAAGGCCAUAUGAAGCCAUAGAUGCCUCUUGAAGCUCUGCCUCUUUAACUGGACACAGCUCCUGUUUUAGGUCAAGCAGCGGGGAAAGGAGGUGGAUUUCAUUUCUUGGCCGUCAGUAAUCCCUCCACACUGUCUCUUCAUUGAAACCACUGAUCUUUUCCACCAUCCAAUGGCGUGCUUGUUCUUCUUAUCGUCGGUGUCCGUUGAUCCUACCAAAAGACGAGAAACAGUCACCUGGCAUCCCACAGGCCGGCAGUGCGACCCUUUUCUAGGGGACCAGCAAGGAAAAUAUGUGGAUCAGUUUGUUUUUCAAGGUUGGAAUCA